CCAAAGAAGGAAGUAAGCACUUGUAGUUCAAUUAAUUUCUGGUUCAACCGCUAUUCUUGGCUUUGUUUCGUAAACUGCUAUAUAUGAAGUCAUAACUGGAGAAGGUAGAUAAGUUCCAAGAGAACCACAUAGGACACAUGGAAGGCCUUCCGUUGGAGAGUUUGAACUCAGUUGGAAACUGUCCUACACUUGUUUGCACUCCGAUUCUUGGAACCACUGUGGCUCAGAUGCUGAUUCAGAUGCGAAGGGCCAAUGAAAUAGGUGCAGAUAUGGUUGAGAUACGCCUUGAUUAUUUGAGAACCUUCAACCCUACACCUCAUCUUCAAACUCUUAUAAGCCAGAGUCCUUUACCCACCAUUGUCACUUACAGACCAACAUGGGAAGGUGGUAAAUAUGAAGGAGAUGAAACCAAGAGACAGGAUGUUCUUCGCCUAGCAAUGGAAUUGGGAGCUGAUUAUAUUGAUGUUGAGCUUCAGGUUGCUGAUGACUUCAAUCGUUCCAUAUGUGAAAAGAAGCCUCAUAAUUUCAAGGUAAUAGUUUCUUCACAUAACUUUCACAAUACUCCAUCAGCGGAGGCCAUUGGCAAUCUGGUAGCAAGGAUACAAGCUACUGGAUGCGACAUUGCGAAGAUAGUAACCACUGCAUCGGACAUUACAGAUUGUGCACACAUUUUCCAAAUCAUGGUACAUUCUCAAAUUCCAACAAUAGGAAUUGUAAUGGGUGAGAGGGGCUUAAUUUCGAGGUUACUUAGCCCCAAAUUUGGUGGUUAUCUCACCUAUGGUGCACUGGAGGAGGAUGCUAUUUCUGCUCCUGGGCAAAUAACAGUGAAAAAUAUGCUAGAACUUUACAAUUUUAGGCUUAUAAAAGCUGAUACUAAAGUGUAUGGAAUUAUUGGAAAGCCAGUGGGUCAUAGCAAGAGUCCUCUUUUGUUCAAUGCAGCCUUUAAGUCAGUUGGGCUGAAUUCUGUUUAUAUGCACUUUUUGGUGGAUGAUGUGGAGAAGUUUUUCAAUACCUAUUCAUCCCCUGACUUUGCCUCUGGAUGCAGUUGCACAAUUCCUCACAAGGAGGUUGCACUUAAAUGCAUGGAUGAGGUUGACCCAAUUGCCAAGAAAAUAGGAGCUAUCAAUAACAUUGUGAGGAGACCUGAUGGGAAGUUAAUAGCUUUUAAUACUGAUUACAUUGGGGCUAUCACUGCCAUUGAGGAUGGAUUAAGAGGUUUGGAUGGUGCAGUGCCAGUUGUUGGAUCCCCUUUGUCUGGCAAGAUGUUUGUUGUACUAGGAGCUGGUGGAGCUGGAAAAUCACUUGCUUAUGGUGCUGCACAGAAAGGGGCAAGAGUUGUAGUUGCCAACCGCACCUUUGAACGUGCUAAAGAAUUGGCUGAGAAAGUUGGCGGAAAAGCUAUGACUCUGAGUGAAGUUGAAAGUUUCCACCCAGAAGAAGGGAUGGUGCUUGCAAAUACGACAUCUGUGGGAAUGAAGCCUAACAUUGAUCAGACCCCCAUACCGAAGCACGCUUUAGUGCACUACUGCUUGGUGUUUGAUGCCAUAUAUACGCCAAAAGACACCAAGCUUUUACGUGAUGCAAAAGAAACUGGAGCUGCAAUCGUGUACGGCACAGAGAUGUUGAUUCGCCAAGGCUUUGAGCAGUACAAAAAUUUUACUGCCUUACCUGCACCUGAAGAUUUGUUUCGACAACUGAUGGAGAAACAUGCAUAGUUCUUUGCCACUCGCAUCAUAUGAUACAAUAUUUGUCGCCUGUUUAACGAAGAUGUGUGAUUAUUCAUGCUCUAUGUACUUUUUUUCCAUUGUUGUUUGAUACAACAAUAAAAAUUUACGUUAAUG